CGGUGACGCCCGACGAAGGGGGUGGGGCGUGCAUGCAGCGAGGCUCAAGUAGACCGUGCACGUCGUCUCUUCCGCGAAGUGAUGUCCAUCACAGGGAAAGCAACAGCAUUGGUGUGUGGCAUGGCGGCGAGGUCCCCUGCACAGUCAUGCACGGGAGUGCCGAGGCGGUGACACGUAGGGAGUUAUCAUAUAGGGAGAAGGGUUUGCUGGUGAGUGCGUUGACGAUGGUGUGCAGGCAUAUGGAAUCCACGGCUGAGUUGAGGCGGCGUGCUUCGAUACGUAGGCGGAACACGGAAGAUGGAGGCGGCCAUGAAACAGGCGAUGGUGGAGCCGGCGACCUCCGGUGUUCUGUGGGACGCACCUUUCCCGAUGGCGAAUGCCAUCAUUGCCGGGUGUUGUGGAACUCGUCAUUGUUCAAGCGGGCGGGAGCUGUAACUUUAUUCGAGGUCGAGCCGAUCGUUCUUCCAGGAGGCGUGAGCACGAAAGGCUACCUUCUGGGUGACAACGGGUACGAUCCGAAGACAUGGAUCGUUGUCCCUUACGGAGGAGUGGAGCAGCAAUCGGACGUUGCCAUCUUCUAUGGGAAGCAGAAGGCAACGGGGGGAGUGGUGGAGAGGGCAUUCGGGAGGCUGAAGGGAAUGUGGAGGUUAUUCCUUCGCCACCACAAGACGAAUACGGCAAACAUGCCACAACAGUUUCAUGAUGUCUGCAUCCUCCACAACUUGCUUAUUGAGGCGGGGAUCGACUUCGAUGAGAGGGUUCUUUUGGAGCUGGACGCGGACGGUAACGAGGGGAUGGUGGACCUGGGAAUGUCGAGGCUGAAGAAGUUGUGGAGGAAGAGCCGGUUCAAUGGUGAAACUCAUGGCGAAGACCGAGGAGAAGUAUUGCCAGACGACGGGGAGGGAACAAGAUCCUCGUCUUGGGUAGAGGAAGAAGGCGAAGGCGAGGCAGGAUCCUCAGAGGGAGGGAGAGGGCGAAGGCAGCUGGCGGGAAGUCCAGCUAUGGCACCCAGGCACGAGCUGAAUGGAGUGCUCGACGUCACGCAUCGGUGGGAUGCCGGCGUACGAGAACGACGAUGGGAAAACGUCGUGGUACUCUCGGAUGAGGUCACGAACUGCGGGCUCCAAGUCAGCUGUAUAUCGUGCGAGUUCCUCAGCGUCAGCGUCAGCUCGCGACGGCGGGGUGGACUCGACGGACGGCGGAGGGACGGAAGUAGAGAUGGGAGUCAUGGAGAUAGAGGGAGAUCUGGCUCCAGAGGGAUGAGCUCGGCGUCGGGACAGGGUGGAUCAUAGUGUAAGAGAUCCGUCACGGCCACCAUAAAGAAGGUGACGUCGUCCUGUCGAAUGAAGUGAGCGAACUGCCGAGGCGAGGUGACAGUGAUAGAGGGAGAUGGUGUGGGCACUGAAGGCUCCGGGGGAGGAGGAUCGGGGCGUGGUGUUGCCGUGGUACCUAUGAAAGGUACGCGAUACGUCUGUCCACACUUCGUUUUGAGAACGAGAGUGUUGGUCGCCCAAUCRGCCUCGGUGCUKYGGAACCGACGAGACCACGGAGUGCCGAGAAUGAAGUCGUACCCCGUCU